AUGUUUGCAGGUCACUGGACUCGUCCUGUCGCAGUAGGCUGCUGCCUCGUCGCCAUAGUUGGUUUUGCUUCAACUCAGCCCGUCGGCAACGACUAUGAGCGGAUCGCUGGAAAAGGCGCCCUGGCAAGCGAUGAGGGAGCGAGCUCUUCACGAGUCGGGAUGCCAGUGGAUCUCGAUCUGCAUCUGUAUAACCCCAAUUCUUUCCAGCAGCAUCCACCAGCCAGGACGUACUCUUUUUCCCCAUUCCAUCCAGGCUCUGCGCCCAUGCUCGGUGCUCAACCUGGCGUCGGAGCAGGUGAAAGCGCCGUGUGGACACCAUCGCAUCAAGUGCCGCAGCACGUUGGACAGGAACCUCAAGGCAGCGGCGUGCACCCCGGUCCGUCGCUGCCUGUGUUGAGCCCUCCCACGGAAGCGGCUGACGCAGCCGCUGUAGGGCAGCCGUGGUGGGAAGACGCACUGCCGAAGUACGCCACGCACAGCCAAGUCUAUGAACGGUGGACUCAGGCGUUGCGGACGAUUCUUGGCAACCCUUAUUUGCAAUUCACCAGCGUUGGCGACGAAGAGGGAUCCCGUUCUCGGGUGGUUGUGGCUCGUGAUCGGCUGCUCCGUGCCGAUCGGCUUGUGCCACCUGCAGCUGGGGAGAGGAUGUUGUGGGGCUCGCUCAAGGCUGAGAAAAGCGACAAGAAAGCAGGCUUGAAGCAUUUCUUGUACCGGCUGCAUAAUGCCCAAGCGGUCAAGAUGGGCGAGAUGACCUCGCGAGCUACCACGGGACGCACGUACGUGUAUCUGGACAGCCGAUUCAACAUGGACUGGUACAACCACAUGUACUUUGGCAAUCGCUUGCGCUUUAUUCCGAUCCGUGCCGAGGGAAUGUCGUGGAGAACGAUGAACAACCUGUUCAUGCGGCGCAGGUUCGUGCUUGCGUUGCCGUCGCUGUCACCGAACGGGCUGCCACUACUGGUGGGGCGCCACACGUUUCAAAACGGCAUGCACGAGGUACAGGACUUCUUCCCGGACGGGCUGGAGGACCCGCGACAGAUCGUUUCGCUGUGGUCUCCUGCGCUGCACGGCAUGGAUAGGACGACGAUGGUGCUGUACGGCAUCGGUCAGCUCGACAUGCGCGAUGAUCCGCAAGGUGGGGGCACGGUCAAGCGCCUCGAGGCCAUUGCUCAGACCGCUCAAGGCACCAACCUGAAGACAAACUACGAUAUCUUGACCGAACUGCCCCACAUACUGGCUUAG